AUCAACUGUCCUUCACUAAUCCUCUUUGUCCCGUCAGGAUCCACAUCCACCUGAUCCAGUCUAACCCGACUCGGUCCACUCGGUCCCACUCGGUCCGGCCUGAUCCAGGUGGCGAUGACGGGUCGAGGUCGUGGGCGGGGCCGAAGGAUGAUGACCUUCAGUGUGGAGGCAGUCGGCAUCAACAGAGGAGACAGUUUACCCCCGUCCAUCCAACAACCUACCCCUCUGUUCCCUGUGAUGGAGCAGAAGCCCCUCCCCCUGGCAGGUGGUGAGGAGGCAGAGUAUCUGUUGGCUCUCAAACAAGAGUUCAGAGGAGCCAUGAAGAGUCUGCCCUGUUUCAUCCAACCAGCUGCUGCACACAGAGAUGUGGAGAGAUACUCUGAUAAAUACCACAGCACUGAGCCCGCCGACGGACCCACAGACUGGACUACAGACUGGAAGAGAUUCCCAAAAGAACUCAGAGUCCGCGUCAAGAAACCCACCAGAGACGGUGUAUCAGCAGCAGUCACUCGCUCUGACAGAGUUCAGUCCGGUCAGAAGAAGAAAAAAAUCAAAGAGAAAGAGGAAGUGCUGCUCAAACUGGAGACUCUGGAGAAGAAGGAGGAGCGGGGCAGCUCAGGGGAGGAGGAGGAAGAAGGAGAGGAGAAAAAGAAAAAACAGGAGGAUGAGGAGGCUGAGGGAGAAGAGGAGUACGACGAGGAAGAGUUUGAGGAGGAGACGGACUACGUCAUGUCGUACUUUGAUAAUGGAGAGGAGUUUGGAGGCGACAGUGACGACAACAUGGACGAGGCUAUUUACUGAAACACCAGCACAUCUGUUUUUACCAGCAUUUGAUCACUUUUUACAGGAUUUUAUCAGGUUGCUGUGAAGCCGUCCAGCAGCCGUUUGACAGUUUAAACUCUUUUAUAACCUGACUGAAUGAUGAUUGAUGUCCGAAGACUAUACAGAAAAGGAAUCAUGAGAAGACCCUCGGACGUCAGGCUGUAUCUUUGAAAUGUUUUUUAAGCUUUUGUAUCAAUGUUCUAAAUGUUUUAUCAUUGUUAUCAUGUCUCUCUGUUUUGACUGUUGGACAAUAAACUGCAGCUACAUGAGG